ACCUAUCCAAAGAAGCAUCAUCACUCCCUAAGCAAGCGUAAGCGAUUACGUACUCAUCUCCGUUCAUUUGAUAUAUUAGCCUUGACAAAAGUAACCAACUCCACGACCUCUGAGUCGAAUAAAGCCGCCAUUGCCACGCUCACACCCGUUAGUCAACAGCUUCUCUCGUACAUAAGUUGUUCAAAUUUUGUAUCUUUCGAAUAGAUUGGUCCGAAACCAAUGGCAGGAGGUGAGAUUUGGGUCCUCCCGGCUUUCGGGCAAGGCCAUCUCUUCCCCUGCAUCGAGCUGUGCAAGCUCGUCACCUCCCGAAACCGCAAGGCCACCCUCGUCGUCUCCUCCAUUCUCUCUUCCUCUGUCCCCUCCACCUUCCACGACCACCCUCUCACGGACGUCAUCGUCGUCCCGGCAGAUCCGCCGCGUGGCGGCAGCGACGGGAUUCAACUCCAUAUGGAACGUGGCAAGGCCCAGCUCGCUGACUUCCUCAAGGAGCUCCUCACGGCCCGGUUGGGGAGCUCGACCUGGCCCGUCUGCGCCGUGCUUGAUGUUCUCGUCAUAAGUGGCUGGGCGGCUGAAGUGUUCGACAAGUUUGGAGUUCGGACGGUCGGAUUUUUCACCUCCGGAGGUUGCUCCGCCGCGAUGGAUCUCGCGGCCUGGAAGGGUAGCCCGCUGGACAUCGAGCCCGGGGAGACCCGUUUGCUUCCUGGGUUACCCGAAGAAAUGGGGCUCACGGUUUCGGAUCUUAAAAGGCGGACUAGCGUGGCUAGAUUGCGGAAGUGGGGCCAGCAGCAGGGGCAUGGAGCGGGUUCGGACACGGGUCCAGGUUCUUCUCGGCCUUUGGGUCUGGGUGGGCCGCCGAGGAUGCCCGGCGAAAAGCCAUACUGGGUGGAUCCCACCGAGAGCUCUAUCGCGUUGGUGAUCAACACGUGUCACGAUCUCGAAGGUCCAUUUCUUGAUUACCUAGCCAAUCAAGUUGGCAAACCCGUUUGGGGCGUGGGUCCACUUCUCCCGGAUCAAUACUGGAUGUCAUCCGGUUCUCUCGUCCGAGAUCGCGAGAUCCGACCCAGCAAGCAAAGCAACGUGACCGAGGAGGACGUCAUCCGAUGGCUGGACUCGAAGCCGCGCGGCUCCGUGAUCUACGUGUCCUUUGGCAGCUCCGUGGGGCUGACGACGGAGGAAUACGACACGCUGGCCAAGGCGUUGGAAGGGUCCGCGUGGCCGUUCAUAUGGGCGAUCCAACCGGGCUCAGGCGGGUCCAGAGAAGGGUACUACCCUAACGGGCUGGAGGCCAAGGUGCGCGAACGGGCCCUGAUAAUAACUGGAUGGGCACCGCAGCUCCUGAUACUGAGCCAUUCGUCGACGGGCGGAUUCUUAUCGCACUGCGGGUGGAACUCGACGGUGGAAGCCCUGGGCCGCGGGGUCCCCUUUUUGGCAUGGCCCAUCAGGGGGGACCAGUUCUACAAUGCCAAGCUGGUGGCGCACCAUCUGAAGGUGGGGUACAGGGUAUCAGAUGAUGACUUGGUGAUGGUCAAGAAGGAGGAGAUAGUGAAGGGAAUUGAUAAGCUCAUGAGUGAUGAAGAGGUGAAGGAAAGAGCUGCCAAGGUAAGUGGCAUGUUUCAGGGUGGAUUCCCUGCAAGUGCAGUGGCUGAUUUAGAUGCUUUUAUCAAUUUUCUCACCUAAAAUCAUGUUGACUUGAGAUAAAUACUUUCUCUUGAGUUUGGAGGAACAUUUGUAACAAGGUUCUCCCAACCUACUGGCAUAGUAAGAGAUAAUUGGACCAAGAAAAUAUGUUAUUCUCGGUGCUUUUGCUAAUGUAGAACAAAGUAUCUCAUGCAUCAGUAAUCCCGCAUGUUCUACUGACGUGGCAUUACCCAUUUAGUCAAA